UCCCUCAGCGACUGCCGCGCCGCGCUCCCGACGCACUCGGAGCCCGGUGGGGACCGGGAGGCAGAGACGGGGCGGCCGCGGCUCCGAGGGCGGGAGCUGAGCCGAGCCCCCGGGACUGAAGUUUGGCGGCGGCUCCGGGAGGCAGAGCGGGCGCCCCAGGCGGCCACCAGGCCCCUCUCGUGUCCUCAACCCGGACCCGUGGGCAGCCGGGAGGACCGAAGCCACGGCCGGGCCAACUCCGAGGCGGGGACGCAGCGACGGGAACUUGAGGUGGGAACUUUCCGCGCUGCAGCCUUGCCAGGCGCCACCGAAGCGCGGACCGGACCCCGCGCCUACAAACUCGGGCUCGGGGGCGGCUGCACGUGUCCGUGGCCCCCAACUCCCUGCGGGGGCCUCGAAACCCACCUGCAGGGAGGCCAGGGCGACCGAGAACCCGGGAGCAGCCGCUGGUGGCGGCGUGGAGCGCGCUAGCUACGACCAAGCAAAGAUGAAACAGCAGAGCUGAAAAGAGAGAUCACCAAGGAAAUUGCCUGAAAGGGAUUAUUCCCACGCCUCCGAGGGAUCCUGGCAGGCUGUGCCUGAGGACACGGCUUCCAAUUUUAGGGAGCAGGCUGCCUAAGGAAGGAGUCAGGCUUGCACACCGACAGUUCUAGAGCUGGUGGCCCGAGAGGGAUGUGAAGGCCCAAAAUGACCCUCUUACCGGGAGACAAUUCUGACUACGACUACAGCGCGCUGAGCUGCACCUCGGACGCCUCCUUCCACCCUGCCUUCCUCCCGCAGCGCCAGGCCAUCAAGGGCGCGUUCUACCGCCGGGCGCAGCGGCUGCGGCCGCAGGACGAGCCCCGCCAGGGCUGCCAGCCCGAGGACCGCCGCCGUCGGAUCAUCAUCAACGUGGGCGGCAUCAAGUACUCGCUGCCCUGGACCACGCUGGACGAGUUCCCGCUGACGCGCCUGGGCCAGCUCAAGGCCUGCACCAACUUCGACGACAUCCUCAACGUGUGCGAUGACUACGACGUCACCUGCAACGAGUUCUUCUUCGACCGCAACCCGGGCGCCUUCGGCACCAUCCUGACCUUCCUGCGCGCGGGCAAGCUGCGGCUGCUGCGUGAGAUGUGCGCGCUGUCCUUCCAGGAGGAGCUGCUGUACUGGGGCAUCGCGGAGGACCAGCUGGACGGCUGCUGCAAGCGCCGCUACCUGCAGAAGAUCGAGGAGUUCGCGGAGAUGGUGGAGCGGGAGGAGGAGGACGACGCGCUGGCCAGCGAGGGCCGCGACAGCGAGGGCCCGGCCGAGGGCGAGGGCCGCCUGGGGUGCUGCAUGCGGCGACUGCGCGACAUGGUGGAGAGGCCGCACUCGGGGCUGCCGGGCAAGGUGUUCGCCUGCCUGUCCGUGCUCUUCGUGACCGUCACCGCCGUCAACCUCUCCGUCAGCACCUUGCCCAGCCUGAGGGAGGAGGAGGAGCAGGGCCACUGUUCCCAGAUGUGCCACAACGUCUUCAUCGUGGAGUCGGUGUGCGUGGGCUGGUUCUCGCUGGAGUUCCUCCUGCGGUUCAUUCAGGCGCCCAGCAAGUUCGCCUUCCUGCGGAGCCCACUGACGCUGAUCGACCUGGUGGCCAUCCUGCCCUACUACAUCACGCUGCUGGUGGACGGCGCCGCCGCGGGCCGCCGCAAGCCCAGCGCGGGCAACAGCUACCUGGACAAGGUGGGGCUGGUGCUGCGCGUGCUGCGGGCGCUGCGCAUCCUGUACGUGAUGCGCCUGGCGCGCCACUCCCUGGGGCUGCAGACGCUGGGGCUCACGGCUCGCCGCUGCACCCGCGAGUUCGGGCUCCUGCUGCUCUUCCUCUGCGUGGCCAUCGCCCUCUUCGCGCCCCUGCUCUACGUCAUCGAGAAUGAGAUGGCCGACAGCCCCGAGUUCACCAGCAUCCCUGCCUGCUACUGGUGGGCCGUCAUCACCAUGACGACGGUGGGCUACGGCGACAUGGUCCCCAGGAGCACCCCGGGCCAGGUGGUGGCCCUGAGCAGCAUCCUGAGCGGCAUCCUGCUCAUGGCCUUCCCAGUCACCUCCAUCUUCCACACCUUCUCCCGCUCCUACCUGGAGCUCAAGCAGGAGCAGGAGAGGGUGAUGUUCCGGAGGGCACAGUUCCUCAUCAAAACCAAGUCGCAGCUCAGCAUGUCCCAGGACAGUGACAUCUUGUUUGGAAGUGCCUCCUCGGACACCAGAGACAACAACUGAGCGCAGAGGACACCUGCCCUGCCUGCCCGCUGUGGCCGGAAGACAUUGCCAUCCACUGCAGAUGCCUGGAGAGGGACAGGCCGCUUCCCAGUGCAGUCCUGGCACAGCCGACUCCCACGCACCCGGGGAAGGACACCCGCACAUCAGCAGAGGGGCCUGCCCCUCCGCCUCCAGCUGUGAAGGGAAGCUGGGUCACCAGCCCAGCCCCACCCACCCCAGCCCCUAUGUCUGUUUCCCUCAAAAAGGAGAUGGCUUGUUCUUUUCACCGUGCAAAUAACAUGCCCAGCAAAAACUUGCUUUAUGGAUCUGCCUGGAGAAAAAAAAUACAAACGGCAG